AUGGAACAGGUAUGGUUACUGCUCCUGCUGACGAUUAAAGUGCUUUCAGUGGCUGCUCAGUUCAAUGGAUACAACUGUGAUGCUAACCUCCAUAGCAGGUUUCCUGCUGAACGAGAUAUCAAUGUUUUCUGUGGAGUACAGACAAUUACUAUGAAGAUAAAUUUUUGCACAGUUCUUUUCUCUGGUUAUUCUGAGACAGAUCUGGCCCUGAAUGGGAAACAUGGGGAUGCCCACUGCAGGGGUUUCAUCAAUAACAACACCUUUCCAGCAGUGGUCAUUUUCAUCAUCAAUCUAAGUACUUUGGAAUCCUGUGGAAACACUUUAGUGGUAUCCUCAGCUCGAGGUAUCAAUGCUUAUGGAAAUACCUCAGUGGUACAGAUAGGUAAUGUUUCAGGCUAUAUUGAUACGCCAGACCCACCAACGAUUAUCAGCUAUUUGCCUGGGCUUCUGUACAAAUUUAGCUGUAGCUAUCCACUGGAGUACUUGGUUAACAAUACCCAGCUUGCUUCGUCAUCAGCUGCUAUUUCUGUGAGAGAGAACAAUGGUACAUUUAUCAGCACUUUGAAUUUAUUGCUUUACAAUGAUUCAACCUACAGCCAGCAGCUCCUUGUUCCAAGUACAGGUUUACCUUUGAAAACCAAAAUAUAUGCAGCUGUAAGAGCAACCAACCUUGAUGGCAGGUGGAAUGUUUUGAUGGACUACUGUUACACCACGCCAUCCGGUAAUCCUAGCGAUGAUCUUCGAUAUGAUCUUUUUUUCAGCUGUGACAAGGACCCGCAGACAACUAUAAUUGAAAAUGGCAAGAGCCAAAUGGGCCGGUUUUCCUUUGAGGUGUUUCGCUUUGUGAAGCACAAGAACCAGAAGAUGUCUACGGUCUUCCUUCACUGUGUGACAAAGCUGUGCAGAGCAGAUGACUGCCCCUUUCUUGUGCCAAUUUGCAGUAACAGAGAAAGAAGAGACGCUGGUGGGAGGACAACUUGGAGCCCUCAGAGCACCUCUGGCAAUGCUGUGAUUUCUGCUGGCCCCAUCAUUACGAGGAGUGAUGAGAUGCCAACCAACAAUUCACAGCUUG